GCACCAGUGUUGUCGUUCAAGCUUGUGCGCUUGGUCCAGAAGGGCUUGAGUUGGGCUUAGAUGGGAGAACGGUUGUCCUCUUUGAUUAAAUAGAUCCAGAGAACUCAGCGGAUGACUGUGAAUCAUUUAAAAGGACUUUAAAAACAAAAUAUAUAUAUAGUUGACAUCAAAUUGAAGCGUUUCUAGGAGCGGGGCGCCACGAGUUGUGUCGUCUUUGAAACAGCGCGUGGUUGUCGUCUGUUCUUUCUCAGCUACACAUCGGUGCGCGCGCGUGUUUCCCCUGACGAGACGUUGCGCUUGAAGAAAAGAACAUCUUCCAUCGGGAGAAGAUGACAUCGAUCAGAAUGGUUUCGUCGGUGCUGCUGCUGGUGCUGAUGCAGUCCGGAGCGCUUUGCGCACGGAGGUUUCGGGGUGGCCGCAACCCACAACCACGACGCCCACCACCUCCUCCCACAUACCGGGCGGAUCGGGGUGAUACCACGGAGAGCUUCCCUCUGGAUUUCACCGCCGUGGAGGAGAACAUGGAUAACUUCAUGACGCAAGUGAAGAACCUUGCGCAGUCCCUCUACCCGUGCUCUGCGCAGAGGCUCGACCACGACAUGAAGCUGAACCUUUUGGAGAACACGUCGGUCACCUGCAACGAUGGAAGUCCUGCAGGGUACUACCUGAAAGAAUCUCGAGGCAGCAGGCGCUGGUUGAUAUUCUUAGAGGGCGGCUGGUACUGCUUCAACAAGGAGAACUGUGACAACCGAUAUGACACCAUGAGGACACUGAUGAGUUCAUCCAACUGGCCCCAAACUAAAACAGGCACAGGGAUCCUGUCUCCGCUACCUGAGGAAAACCCUCACUGGUGGAACGCCAACAUGGUGUACAUCCCGUACUGCUCCAGCGACGUGUGGAGCGGCGCUACAGCCAAAACAGAGCAGAGUGGAUAUGCCUUCAUGGGCUCACUGAUCAUUCAGGAGGUUGUGAAGGAGCUGCUGAACAAAGGUCUGGACAGCGCAAAAGUUCUCCUCCUCGCAGGAAGCAGCGCGGGCGGUACUGGGGUCCUUCUGAACGUGGACCAUGUGGCAGAGCUGCUGGAGGGGCAGGGACACACUGGGAUACAAGUGCGAGGCCUGUCUGAUUCUGGCUGGUUCCUGGACAACAAGCAGUACCACAGCACGGACUGCUUGGACGCUGUCAGCUGUGCCCCCACGGAGACCAUCAAGAGAGGCAUCAAGUACUGGGGAGGAGUGGUACCGGAGAGGUGCAGGCAAACCCAUGAAGGACAGGAGUGGAACUGUUUCUUUGGAUAUAGAGUCUUCCCUUCAAUAAAGAGCCCUGUGUUUGUUGUCCAGUGGCUGUUUGACGAGGCCCAGCUGACAGUGGACAACAUCCAGCUGACAGGCCAGCCUGUGCAAGAAAGCCAGUGGCGCUACAUCCAAAACUUGGGCAUUGAGCUGAGGAACACACUGAAAGAUGUCCCGGCUAUGUUUGCUCCAGCAUGUCUAUCACAUGAAGUUAUCACCAGAAAUUACUGGACUGACAUCCAGGUGAAAGGCACCUCCUUGCCCCGAGCCCUGUACUGCUGGGACCGCAGCCUCAACGACAACAGGAACAACAAGGCUCCGCCCAAAGGCUGCCCCGUGCAUCUGAUUGACAGCUGCCCGUGGCCACACUGCAACCCCACUUGCCCCACCAUCCGAAACCAGUUCACCGGACAGGAGAUAGACGGCGUUCAGUUCCUCAAGCACAUGGGCUUUGAUGUGCAGAAGAUGGCCCAGCAGCAGGGCAUGGACCCCAGCAAGCUACUGGGCAUGCUCAGCAGCGGCAGCUAAAGGGACACACACACAAACAGCAUCUCCAAGCUAAGCCCACGCAGGGCUGGCUGGUCUCUCUGGCCAGUCUCCCAUGGCUGAUACCUCCAAUUCCUCCUUCACAACCCAUUCUACCUAUAGUCAACUCCCCUCUGACCUCUUGUUUGCAUUAGUUUGAGCUCAGUCAAACACGGGGGGGCUUUUAUUUGUCCGACAAUCCCUUUGACAAGUACAGGGGCAACGCGACAACGCACAACUCUCUGCUACUCUCCAUUUGAAUUAUCUUUUUGCUUUGUAAAGAAAAAGAUAUCACACAUUUAAUCCAGUUUUAAGGAUGUUCGUUGUUGUUUUAUCAUUUAAAUAUUAUUUUCAUCCAUCAGUAGAUUAUAUUUAGUCAUUGUUUUAAAAAAAGAAAAGAAAACAUCACAAUGACGUAAGGAUGCUGUCUUUGUUCAGUAGACACUAUAGAGUGUAUAAGGGUCUAAUUUUAUAUAAAACCACAGUUUUAUAGAUUCUCAUCACACACAAAACCGUCAUUGAGGCAGUAACAGAUAACAGAUGAGGUGAGAAAGGCACUGGAUCAGAAAUUACAUGUUGUAUUUACAUGGCAAUAACGGUAGUGAAUACUCCUCUAAUCGUAAGUUUGAUUAACAUGAAAAUGAUUUUUUUUCGCCAAUUCAUUAAGUGUCACAAAUAAACUACGGCCAAGGUUGUCGAGUAAUAAUGAGAUUUAAAUAAAAAAGGUACACAUCAUGAAUUCAAGAAAAUGCAUUAAACAAUAGGCUUCAGAAAUUAAACAGACACAUAUCAAAUGUUAUUCCUCGCUAAAAAGAAAGCAGCCAAAAAGAACAAAAGGCAGACAAUGCUCCAAAAAGAUAUGUCGUUGUUGUUGUUGUUGUUGUUGUUGUUGUUGUUGUUGUGAUUAGUGUGGGUUAGGAGAAAGAUGAAGGUAGCUUGGACAGCUGGGAAGAUGCCGGUUUAGUGAAGCUGAAGAUUGUGGGUCGAGAACCAUUUGACAGAUCCACCAGUAGCUCUCCGUACACCACAGUCCAGUACAGUCCAGUACAGUCCAGUACAGUCCAGUACAGCCAGUACAGCUCGUCUGUAGCUCUUUCUCAAGAGGGCGGUCCAACCCCCCAGACGUGGGGCACACAUGCAUGCCAGGUCAGUAGCUCAGCAAUCCUCAGAUCAAUGCAAUGAACAUUUAAAGGGAGACAAAUUACGUGUAUUGUAUAUUUUUUGAGUAUUUGUAUAGGUUCUUCAAGUGUUCACUAUUGUAACUCCCUUCCUAUAUUUCAUAAUAGAGAUCACGUUUUAAUAUAAUGACAAUGUUGUAUGUAAUGAUGACUUUAUAAAUGAUGUUUUUAAAGGACCUCUAUUUCGCAUCCACACCAGAGAAGGAACCGUAUUACUACGUGUAAUUUUAUUCUGUAACAUAUUUUUUAACAGAAGAAAAAAAAAAACUCAAGCUUGCAUUGGUAAUUUACAUAUUUAUUUUGUUAUGUAAAUCAUAUUUAUAAGUGCUAUUUUCACAGAGAAGUGAUUCUUUGUAUAUUGUAAAUACAUUGCUGUUGUUCUCCUUGUGUUGAUUGCAUGUCUUUGUAUCAGACCGAAAAGAAAAG